GUUUACUUUAUAGCAUUACAUUUUAGCGAUCUUUUGUCCUAGUCUAAUAACAAAUCAUCUGAGGAUGGCUUAUGUGGCUGUGCUUUCUCUCAAGCACACAGCAUACGAUCUCCUCACCAAUUCUGCUCGCCUUUCCCUCGUCCCCUCUACUCAACAAAUCUUAUCUCAAGUAUGCAACUACACUGCUUUAUUACAAGAGCUUCUUCGAAGAUCCAACAACACCAAGAGGCUGGAUGGUUUCGAGGAGCCAAUAAGAGAUGCUGCGUAUCGAUUCCAAGACACUCUCGAGUUCUCAGAACUCGAGAGCUAUGGGGACGAGCCGCGUGUAGACUUCGAGACCGUGAUCACACAAGGGUAUGUCUUGUUUUACGUAAGCACGCGACAUUUCAUGGUAGAACUAAAUAGCCCAGUUUCAGAUGAAGAAGAAGAAGAAGCGGACGACAACAUUAAUGGCUCGUUUGCUAGUACCGAUCUAGACGAUGGUGUGGAUCAGAUCGUCGGUCACCACACUGAGUUUUCCAAACUCCGGGAUCACAUGCUUAAAAGACUAAGGCCGGAUGACAUGUGCUUCUUCUCCCUCGUCGCAGAGUCUGGCACCGGGAGAUCUAUUAUAGCCAACACCGUGUUGGAAGACGAAGACCAACGCUUCGACUGCAAGGCGUGGGUGACUAUAGGUGCCCAUUUUCAGCAAUUGGAAAUCGUAAGACUCAUCCUUUACCAACUAGACAAUGAUUUUUCCGAAGAAGAUGGUGAUGACGAAGAUGAGAGAAUACGCAACUACUUGUACAAGGCUUUGGAGGGGCGUAGGUAUUUGAUUGUGUUGGAUGAUAUGUGCAGUGUAGAGGUGUUGGAAUACUUGAAAGGGUCAUUCCCAGAUCAGAGCAAUGGGAGCUUGGUGUUGCUCACUACCAAUAAAAAGGAAAUGAUUGGGUCAUUACAACCUUAUUUAGGUACUAAUGUAAUAGUGAGAGUUGGGGACUAUCAAUAUUGGGGGUGGUGGUAUUUAAGACAAGCGGUUUUUGGUGAUAAUUACCGAUUCUUACAUCCUGAAGUGUUGGAAGCUAUAAAGAAGAUUAGUGAGAAUUGUGGGGGUCUUCGUUUGGCUCUUGCUAAGACUUUGCUAUUUCUGGUAAAAAAAGACAUCACAACAGUGGAGUGGAGCAACAUAGCUGCAGAUGAAGAACAUCCUAUUUUCAAGGUGGAGGAUGAAGUUUCAGAGAUGCAUAAAAUCAAAACUGAAAUGGAGUCCUACAAUUGGAAUAUGGAUAACCCAAGAGAAUGUCUUGUCGUAACAUUGAUUUCACGAUGGAUGGAUCUUUCUGUUGACGUGGCACUAAUCAAGAAGGCGAUUAAUCCAAAAAGGUAUUUUUCUAAAAUGGAAAUCAUAUCACUUUGGGGGAUGGCAGGCAUUGGCAAAACUACUUAUGCCAAAAAAAUUAUCCAAGAUGAGGAAAUAUUUUCCAAUUUUGAUCAUAGUGUUUGGAUCACUCUAGGACCAAAAUAUGAAGCACGAGAUAUCUUAAUAGAUAUUUUAGUACAAAUAUAUCCUAGUGAAGAUAAAAUACAAAUGAAAGAAGAUGAUGAGAUAGUCACAAACUUAUGUAAAGAAUUAUCUAGUAAGAGAAUCUUGAUUGUGAUAGAUGAUUUAUGGAGCAAAGAGCCCUUGCAUCAUUUGCAAGCAUUAUUCCCUAACAUCAAAGGCAAAGCUUUGGUGACAACUAGGUUGAGAGAAGUAACUCAAUGGGGAGAAGAUGAUAUUGUUUAUAAAAUUCGGUUACUAGAUAAAGAAGAGAGUUGGUGUCUUCUUCGUCAAAAGGUGUUUCCCGAGGGAGUGUGCCCGCCUGAGUUAGAGAAAGCCGGGCGAAAAAUUGCAGAGGAAUGUGAUGGUCUUCCACUCCUAAUCCUCAAAGUGGCCGAUCAAUUACUCCAAGAGGAUAAGGAUCCGAAGUUCUGGGACCUUGUAGCCUCGGGGAAAGAAACUUCUGUGUUUGCGAAAGCACAUGAUGAAAUAUCCGAGGCAUUACUUCCGAGUUACAAGAGAUUGCCACAACAUCUAAAAGCAUGCUUUCUCUACAUGGGAGUUUUUCGUAAAUGUUGUGACAUGAACAUAUUCAAGGUCAAUGAUAAGUUGAUGGCUGAGGAUUUUCUCGAACAUAUUGUUUUCGAAUGUUUAUUUGACCUUGAGAGUGAGAGUGUCCUUUUGAUCCAUUGGAACACCCUCGGUUCCCUCAUAAAGAGUUGUCGCCUCCAUUCUGUGUUUUGGCAUCUAUGCAACAGUGAAGCCGCGAAGAAUGGCUUUUUUCAUGCGAUCAAUAGCUAUGACGAUUGUUUCAUGGAGAACAUGGAGAGUCAACGCAGGUUAUGCAUUCGCAAUAGUACUUUGUUGGGCUUCAGAGAUGUACACACCUCAAUGGAGUCCGUUGCAAGUGCGCGUUCUUUUUUAUGUGUGAGUCCACCUCAUCAAUAUCCGGUCCCCGUAAGUUUUGGCUUGAGGUUGCUUAGGGUUUUGGAUGCCCUAGCAAUCCGCAAAUACCAGUUCCCAGUUGAAGUAGUGGAACUACUUCAACUGAGAUACCUUGCCUUGACUUGUUACGGCAGUCUACCUACAUCAAUAUCCAAGCUUUGGAAGCUUCAGUUCUUGAUUGUGAAUCGGUACAUGAGCACCAACACAUCUUCGCUUUUGCCAGUGGAAAUUUGGGACAUGAAGGAAUUGAGGCAUCUUCAAAUCAUGGGUGGGCACAUACCUAACCCGAAUUGUGGUGCUUCUUUGCCAAUGCUCACAACACUUUGGGAUGUGAGUGCUCGGAGCUGCACACGAGAGGUUCUUGAAAUGAUUCCGAAUCUGAAAAGGUUAGGGAUACGAAUUGAGCUAGCCCCCGAUGGUGAAGGCGAUUCUUCCUUCACUUACUUGAAUAACAUUUCUCACAUUUCCGGACUAAAGUCACUUAAAUGUGUCGUUGUAAAUCCUCAAUUCGGAUCGAAGACGGUUCAUCCACCUCCACCAAUGUUCCCAUCAAGCCUUACAAAGUUAACCUUGAGCGGUUUUGGAUAUCCUUGGAAAUACAUGAGUAUCAUUGGUAAAUUGCCAGUUGAAGUGCUCAAAUUGAAAAGUUAUGCAUUUCGAGGCCCAGUAUGGGAGAUUAAUGAAUUUUAUUUCAAGAACCUCAAAUAUCUUCUAAUUGAAGAUACAGAUUUGGUGUAUUGGAAACUCAAAGUUCCUAGUUUUACGCAAUUUGAGUGUCUUAGCAUUAGACAUUGCUACAAACUGAAAGAGCUCCCUAUUGUCUUAAAUUUGAAUAAUAAAGUGGAGAUAAUAGAUUGCAGCCCUUUCACUGUGAAUUGGGCAGAGCAGAUGAGGCUAAAAGUAUUGCCAUUCCAGUUGACAACCCAACUUUCUUGGAUUGGUCCAAAAGUUAAUGUUGCAGCUGCUCUGGAAGAAUGAGAAUUGAAGUGCUUGUUCAAAGUAUAAGAAGUUUGCUUGAUUUCAGUUGUUUGCAUCAAGGGUACUAGGUUGUGUUUAGUUCAUAUUAUACUAUGAACGUUCUUGUAUUCAACGGUCCUCAUUGAGAAAUUGAUUUAGUUUUGGCUUGUAUAAAUAUUAACAACAGUUGUUCGAGCAAUUGUAACUUGAUUUUGUGUGCUUUUGUGAUAUCUUGUGAUACGGGUACUCCAUCGACCCAUCACGAUCGUAGAGCCACCCAAUCCACCAGGGCUGAUGGUUACCUCUCGACCGCGUUGCCAAGACACACGUUCUAGUUAUCCCCAGCAUUACGUUUGAGUGAAAUCAUGUCUAUCCUUUUAUUAGCAUUAUUAUAUGUUAUUUAAUUAUUUGUCUUGUAUUGAGUCGAGCAGAACUAUAAGUUCUAUUUCAGGUUUUCUUUGUCGGUUCUUUCCUGAAAUAUAAAAGAGAGUCGAACCGCAUAGGGUCUAGUCGUCUAGAUCUUAUAAAUAGAGCAAUUGUAUUUGUAUAUCAUUCAAGUAAUACAAUACUAUUAGUUGUCUAUUUCUUCUUUA